AUGUGGUCUUGUAUUCAUUGGGAAAUCUUAACAUCUUAUAAUGGUUGUGACAGGUCGAGUUGGGAGCCUAAUGUACAGGAGAAGAGUCUAUUUAGUUAUAUCUUAGAUCGCUACAUUCGACUCAAAGUAACCACUCAUGCCCUCCCUUGCAUUGACAAAGCAGGUGGAAUUGAUGAGUACCUGCUGAAAACUCCCUACUACAAGAUGGAUGCAGAGACGGGCCUAUUCUGGAAAGCUAAAAUCGAAAAGAUGUACGAAGAACUUGGGCAAAUGGAGGUAGUUUUCUUUUCACCCGAGGAUGAAGCAAAGUUUGAGCAAGGAUUCAAAGACCUGAAGUUAGCUCGAAGGGAUGCUAGAAGACAUAUGUUUGGAUGGUCUGGGAAACAGGAAGAAAUCGAUGAUGGAAGAACCAGCCAAGACAGUCACAAUGAAACUGCCAAUGCUGGGGAUGAUAGUUCAGAUGGCGAUGUUCAAAAACAGUGGGUUGCAAAUUCUUAA